AGGGUAUUCGAACAUCGCGACGAGUCUCUUGAGGAAGAUAUGGUGUUGGUUACAGGAAUCUCUAAGCUUCAGUAGAGCCAUACCAGUCAGCAUGAAGGUCGUACGGGAGCCUCUUCCGAUCGGCUAUUACUACUUUUUCUGGCUCUUUGAGCCGAUAGUGAUCUCCCUGGGCGGUGCUUAUCACGCCUUCAUCAACACCGCCGAUUAUGCUUUCGAUCUUGUGCCGUCAGGAGUGGAGCCUGUCACCGAGAGACUUGGUCACACUCUAAGAGGGAAGACAAUCAUCCAUACUUUUGGAGUGUCGUGCCUUUGGUUCGGGUUACUGCCAUUGACGCUAUGGCCAUUGAUCAAGAAUAAGCUAGCACAUAUGCCAGAGGUGCAAGAAAGCUUUGCAUUCGCAAUUGAAGCCUCACAGUUUGUAGUCGAUAUUGCCUUACUAUACGUCAGCACUGCCCAUCUUCCUCAGGAUGUCCUUCUCGACCCAAGCCGAUGGACCAAGCUGAACGCCGGUAAUAUUAUCAUUGUCUCCAGUCUGUUGGUGGUCAGAGCUGCAUGGUUGUUGGGGAUAGGAAGGCGCGUUCUCCCCCAGAUCCCCGCAGAUAGGGCAGGCAACAAGCACAUCAGGAGACUACGCGACCCGCGUUAAACGCCGCUUAUGACGUUUUGACCGAUGGUGCCGAAGUCUCAAAUGGGCGCUCAUGAGCCGCAUGCAUAUUUGUGUUCUACUCG